CUUGGUUCAAACCAACUGAUCACGUGCACUGCAGCCAGCAUAGAGGAUGUCAAGCGCGUCCGACGUCGACACGGGAGAUGAAUUUAGUGCGCUUGGACAUCCGGAUGCAGGUAGACCUGUGUUGAGAUCCGCCGGAGGACGUCAGCUUCACUUGGGAUCUAGUUCAAUAGUACCCACAAGACAUCGGAGCUAUGACAAACAGCUUGAUCUACCCGGAUUAGAUGAGAAGGUGUACCAGAACAACCAGAAUGAUGACUCGCGUUUGCCACAGAGGACGGCACAUAACCUACACAAUGACGCGUGGAGACGUCAAUCGAGGAAACCGAGAAGGCCUAGGAUCAACACAACUCACCGGAAAAGCGUGGACGUUUUCAGCGGCUUAUUGCCUGAGUCUGAAACCGAGGAAUUGGAGAAAAAAUCUAUUGGUAAGCGCAGAAAGGAAGAAAAACGGGAUGUCAGAGAUUCUAGAUCCGACAAGUCGAGAAAAAGCAUCAGCAGAUCGAAGGAUGCCAUCGAUAUCCCUGGCUUAGUUGAAAUACCGACAGAAAAAGCUGACCUUGAGAGCAUUAUGUCUGGAGAUGACAAAGUCCAAGAGGCAACAAUGCCGGAAUUCGCACUAAAUGUUGCCACCGGGGCACAAGUAAUAAUAAAAUUACCAAUUAAAGUGUUGGCAAUCCUCAUGGAGCUGAAUCUUCUUUGGUGGUUUAUACAACUUUUCCUUUUCGUUUGGAUGACCACCUGUGUGGAUUACCAACUACGUCUGCGGGCACCGAUCGCAGAAUUCCCCGGUUACAGUCCACUGAAAAUGCCUUGGUUGCCAAGCCAGUUGAAUAUGCGGAGUCGACUUUUGGCGGCAUGGCUGACGUUAGCUUUCGUCUAUCUACCUUUGGUGAUAUACCACAUGUCGAGGUUUUACGACAGUCAACCCAAAACAAGAGAGACCAAAAUAUACACAAAACGAUCAGAAUCCAGGUCUUGGUAUCUGAGCGAUCGUUACACGCAUAUGCAAGAACCAAAGGAAGGCCAACCAUUCAACCUCCUUGUUUUCCUUGUUUCGCUCACCCUUUGGCUAUUUUAUCUGAUUGUGUUUCUGAAACCUGGCACAAUUGCUAGCUCAGCUUAUCCAGCCUAUUCGGAGUGAACUUACUGGAUAUACUAACAAAGGUACAUUCGAAUUCGUCGACGAAAUACAAGGCUUAAACAUAAAAAGGAGAUACGUGGUUUCUUAUGAAGUGUGAUCGUUGUUCACUACCAUUCCCCUGGAAGAGACUUUAG